GAGCGCGUUCCAGUGGUGGACUGUUCACGGGAACAAGAGCUCGCUGCCAGUCACGUCCCUGGAUCUUCAGGACACCGUGGAGAACCGAGACCGAGCCACUCACUCCGGUUUGGUCUGGGAGGAGGACUGAUCUGCAGCUCCUGUUGAUCUUCUAGCUCAGCCUGAGAGAGAAGAAGGAAGGAAGGAAGAAGAGGAGGAUAUAUUUAUCACUUGCUGUCAAGAUAACGUGAUUACGAGAUAUCAUGGAGGACGACCUGAUGUUCAGCAUGGAGGAGGACGGCAGCGCCAAGAGACCCCCGGAGCAGCGCAGCGUGCUCCAGCUGCGGGCGUCCUCGCUCAGCGACGCCAACGCCAGCGACGAUGACGAUGAAGACUUCAUCUGUCCCAUCCUGGACGACUCGGCCAGAGAAGUCUGUCACUACUUGAAGAAUCUGGUUUACAGUCGGCAGCUGUCGAACUCCCCCAGGAACAACUUAGUGUACAAGAGUGAUGAAACAGACACAGCGGCAGAACAUCGCACGUACAAGGUUUUGUCUGAGACCGCACGGGCUGCCUGGUUACAUGCAAUCGCAAAGGCCAAAGCCAUGCCCGACCCCUGGGCGCAGUUUCAUCUGGAGGAGAUCGCGACUGAGCCCUGCAUCCGUUACAGGUACAAUGCCGUCACAGGAGAGUGGGCCCAGGACCAGGUCCACAUCAAGAUGGCUGCACAGCCGUUUGGGAAAGGGGCCAUGAGGGAGUGCUUCAGAACGAAGAAGUUGUCAAAUUUCUCACACAGCAGCAACUGGAAGUCGGCGUCCAACUACGUGUCCAAGCGCUACAUGGAGACGGUGGACAGAAACGUUUACUUUGAGGACGUCCGGCUGCAGAUGGAGGCCAAGCUCUGGGGCGAGGAGUACAACCGCCACAAACCUCCCAAACAGGUGGACAUAAUGCAGAUGUGUGUGAUGGAGAUGACAGAGCGGCCGGGCAAACCUCUCUUCCACCUGGAGCAUUACAUCGAGGGACAGUACAUCAAAUACAACUCCAACUCCGGCUUCGUGAGGGACGACAACAUCCGACUCACUCCUCAGGCCUUCAGUCACUUCUCCUUCGAGCGGUCGGGCCACCAGCUGAUCGUGGUGGACAUCCAGGGAGUCGGAGACCUCUACACCGACCCCCAGAUCCACACGGAGAAGGGGGACGACUUUGGAGACGGGAAUCUAGGUGUGAGAGGGAUGGCGCUGUUCUUCCACUCCCACCUGUGUAACAAGAUCUGCAAGAGCAUGGGUCUGACGCCGUUCGACCUUUCGUCGCCAGAGAAGUCCCAGCUGGACUGCACCAACAAACUGCUUAAGUCGGCCCAGACGGUGCUGAGGGGCUCCGAGGAACCCUGCGGCUCUCCUCGUGUUCGCACCUUCUCGGCAAGCCGGGCGCCUCCGCUGUUGUCCCGCCUGUCCGAGACGUCCUCUGCGGAUGAGAGCAUGAGCGACGUGGACUCGGCCCCCUGCUCCCCUCUCAUCCUGCCCUGCUCCCCGCUAGCUGCAGUCGCAUCUAUGGGCAAGUCACCCACAGGUUUGUCUUUUGCUGGGAUGAGCGAACACGAAAGACUCCACAACAACAACAACAACACAGGUGAACACAAGGACCCGGAUAGCGGCGGAGACAGCGGCUACCCCAGCGAGAGGAGGAGCGAAGGGGAUCCAAAUGACCACGUGGACGGGGCCCAUCACCGCUACCACAGACAUUAUUCCGAGUCGGAUGAGGACAGUGUCAGACGGAGGAAGAUGGUAGCUCCUCCUCCAAGAGUCUCCGCAAACUCAGAUUCAUACAAUCCUGACAACGAAUGGCUGACGGAGGAGAAGUGGAGCUUCUACCAUUCGUCUCGCGCUCACGUCCACCGGCCCUCCUGCGUGGCCACCGAGGUGGAGCGACUCAACACUCUGCUGCAGAAGAAGAUCGGGCAGUCGAUCCUCGGAAAGGUCCACCUGGCAAUGGUGCGGUACCACGAAGCGGGGCGCUUCUGCGAGAAGGACGAGCAGUGGGAUCAGGACUCGGCCAUGUUCCACCUGGAGAGAGCUGCUCUGUGCGGAGAGCUGGAGGCCAUCGUGGCUCUGGGACAGUGCUGCCUGCAGCUGCCUCAUCACAUCCUGCCAGAUAUAGAGCUGGAGGAUAACGCAGGAAACAGGAUGAAGGGCUUCAAGUAUCUGCUGCUGGCUGCUGAGGCUGGUGACAGAUCUUCUAUGAUCAUAGUGGCCAAAGCCUUCGAUACUGGAAUCAAUCUGUCCGCUGAAAGAAAGCAGGACUGGGAGGAAGCGGUUCACUGGUACGACAGCGCCUUGAACAUGACGGACUAUGAUGAAGGAGGAGAGUUUGACGGUACGCAGGACGAGCCUCGCUAUCUGCUGCUGGCCAGAGAGGCGGAGAUGUUCCAGGAGGGAGGCCACAACCUGAAGGCAGACCCUCAGAGAGCAGGCGAUCUGUUUACAGAAGCUGCCGAAGCCGCCAUGGAGGCCAUGAAAGGGCGACUGGCCAACCAGUACUACAUGAAGGCUGAAGAGGCCUGGGCGCUGAUGGAGGAGUAGCUCUGGACAUCUCUAUUGAAGCCACAGGAGUUACUGUGAUUUAUAGUCACGCUGGUUUUUACACAUUCAGGAGACAACUUGAGUGCUUACCGUUUACAUCUUUUAUAUGACAGAAUUUUUUGCUGUUGGUGGUUUGUUUGUGUGUGUGUGUUGAGCCGUCGGGCUUCACCCUCUUAUCUCCAGGUUUCUAUCUUUCUAUUUGUGAAGCUAGUCAUCCUGACUCCUCUCUCCUCUAAUGUCCUGUUUCUAAAUAACUUUUAGAGAAGCGAAUGUGGCUGUGUGAAAGACGAGGUCCGAAGAAUCAAAGCAACAGAAAUGUUUACCUGCUUUGCCCCAAAUGUUCAUACACUUAUAUUUAAAAACAAAAUAUGUAAAAAAAAAAAAAAAAAGUAUAAAACUGUAAAUUAAAGAUUGCAUUGCUUUUUAUUGGUCA